AUGCAGUAUAUUAGAUGCAUAGUUGGUUUUUUGCUUCUUGUUGUUAUUAAUGUGUUGUUUAUUGGUAAAUGUCAAUCGACUCCUUUGGAUGAUUAUGUUAAAGCAGCUGAUCCACACUUUAAUUGGACUGUAAUUCAAGUAUAUCAACAACCCGACUAUGUAUUAUAUAUUCUUAAUUUUACAUCACAAAAAUGGUUCGAUGAAAAAUUUUCGAGUCGUCCAAUAUGGUGGCAUUAUUUAUGUAUAAGUGUUCCACAUAAACUUACACGACCAAAUAAUGCUUUUAUGCUUAUUGAUGGUGGUAGUAAUAAUAAUGGAUUACCAAAGCCACAAGAUAAUUUUGUUAGUUUAACAUCAAUGUUUGCUGUAAGUAGUGGAAGUAUUGGUGUUGAUCUUCAAGAUAUUCCAAACGAACCAAUUCGUUUUGUAGCUGAUCCAACCAAUAGAAGUCGUGGUGAAGAUGCUAUUAUUGCAUGGACAUGGAAAACAUUUAUUGAAAAUCCUGAUAACCCAUAUGUACUUCUUCGUAUGCCUAUGACCAAAGCUUGUGUUCGUGCUAUGGAUGCUGUACAACAAUUUGCAAAAGAAUUAGGAGUUACUGUACCUCAAAAAUUCGUUAUAGGAGGUGCUUCUAAACGUGGAUGGGCAACUUGGACAACUGCUGCUGUUGAUUAUGAACGUGUUGUUGGUGCUGUACCUAUUGUUAUGGAUAUUCUAAAUAUUCGACAAAAUUUUCAUCAUCAUUUUCGCUCUUUAAAUGGUUGGACAUUUGCAUUUAAAGAUUAUUAUGCUUUAAAUGUUACUCGAUAUGUUGAUCAUCCAAAUUUACUUAAAUUGGCUCAAAUUGUUGAUCCUUAUAGUUAUUUUGAUCGAUAUAGAAAUAUGAAAAUCUUACAAAUUCAAUCAAGUGGUGAUGAAUUUUUCUUACCUGAUAACGAAGAUGCAUUUUGGAAUGAUUUACAAGUUGCUACUGGUGGUUCAUAUUUAAGACGAUUACCAAAUGCUGAACAUUCCUGUGCUGGUCAUGAAAUUAGUCUGUUUUUUACAAUGCGAAGUUUCUAUUUAAGUAUUUAUGAUAAUCGAACAUUACCUUCAUUGAAGUGGAUUAAAAACUCAAAUAAUACUCAUGGUUACAUUCGUGCAACAGUUGAUUUUAGUGUCGGUCCAAAACCAAUUAGUGCAUUUGCUUAUCAUGCUCGUACACUUAAUGAUAAAAGACGUGAUUUUCGUCUUCUUAUUGCGGAUCCAAACAGACCAGGCCACGGAAUUGCUAAUCCAGUUAUUUGGCUUAAUACUCCUGUUGUUACAGAAGCACAGACUGCUACAACUAUUGUAUAUUCGUUAACUAUUGCUAAUCCUAUGGAUGGUUGGGAAGGAUUUUAUAUUCAAGUUAAUUUUCCUGGUGCAGAUGGUACAGUUCUUGAACUAACAACCGAGACACAAAUUGUUCCUGAUACAUAUCCAACAAGUGAUUGCUCCGGUGAUAGUUGUUAUGGUACUCUUGUUUGA